CCAGAAAAUAAAUAUCGUACGUACAAUAGGGCAAACGCCAUGCCCAUUGUGUGGCCUUCACCAGCUUCACUCAUUUUGCGCCUUUUCUCUCGCUCUCACCUCUCUCAACCCACACAUUAAGCGGCGCACGGGAGAAUGACAGAGUCCAUGGCGGCCGCCUCGUCGACCUGCCACCUGGUGGCGGUUCCCUACCCGGGCCGCGGCCACGUCAACCCCAUGAUGUGCCUGUGCCGCCUCCUCGCCGCCCACGGCGCCCUCGUCACUUUCGUCGUCACCGAGGAGUGGCUCGCCCUGCUCCGCGCCGCACCCGGCCGGCCGCCGCCCACCGCAAUCCGCCUCCGCACCAUCCCCAACGUCAUCCCCUCCGAGUCGGGCCGCGCCGCCGACUUCCCCGGGUUCCUCGACGCCGUGUUCACCAGGAUGGGCGACCCCUUCGAGCGCCUCCUCGACGAGCUGGAGCCCGCACCGGCCGCCAUCGUGGCCGACUCGUACCUGCCCUGGGCCGUGGCGAUCGGCAACCGCAGGGGCAUCCCGGUGGCCUCGCUGUUCACCAUGUCCGCCGCCUUCUUCUCCGUUUUCUACCAAGUGGACCGCGUCCCUGGCCUGCUGCGGCCUCAGGCAGCCGUGCCUGACCACGCAAUAGGAGGAGAUCUUUUGGCGCAAUGGAUUCCUGGCCUAACUUCUCUUAGAUCAGCAGACUUCAUGCCCUUAAUUCGAAUGAAGAAGCCAACCGAGAGAGUGUUGGAGACCUUCUCCUGGAUUCCAAAGGCACAAACUGUUCUCUUCACUACCUUCUACGAGCUCGAGCCUCGUGUACUUGACUCACUUCGAUCAGAGCUCUCAUGCCCUGUGUACUCUGUCGGACCCUGUAUUCCUUACAUGCUGCCACAAGUGAACGGCUCAAUUCCAUGCAGUGGCAAUGAGGACGACUACUUCAGCUGGCUCGAUUCCCAGAUGGAACGAUCUGUGCUUUAUGUCUCAUUGGGCAGCUUCCUCUCUGUCUCAAAGUCACAGAUGGAAGAGAUAGCAAUGGGCCUCUGUGCCAGCCAACCCAAGUUCCUGUGGGUUGCUCGUGAUGACUCUCUCAGAAUUCAGCAGAUGUGUGCUAGAUCGGGCCUCGUGGUGCCAUGGUGCGACCAGCUGAGGGUCCUGCAUCAUCCUUCAGUUGGAGGAUUCCUGACUCACUGUGGGUGGAAUUCAACUCUGGAAGCUGUGUUUGCAGGGGUUCCAAUGCUCACCUUCCCCCUACUAUGGGAUCAAAUAGCUAAUAGCCGACUUGUUGUAGAAGAAUGGAAGGUUGGUCUCAGUUUGAAGGAAAAGUUGGGCGAAGACAACGUUAUUGGAAGAGAUGACAUCGCCAUGUUUGUCAAGAGACUAAUGGAUUCCAAUGGCCUUGAGAGUACAGAGAUGAGGAGAAGAGCCACGGAACUCCGAAUAGCUUCUCUUAAAGCGAUUGAGGAAGGUGGUUCUUCCGACACUGGCAUCACUUCCUUCCUACAUGGCCUUAUGAAGUGUAAUGAUUGAUCAGGAGGUUAGUCUGAUAGCUGCUGAUGUUGUGCUUUGUAAGACCAAGAGCAGAAACAUUGAUUGAUGUGCAAGGACUUCCAUUUGAGGGUUUUCCAAUGACAAGUAUUAGCUAAAAUCUCAGGUCUUAGGCUGUGAUAACAACUCUGUGACUUCUCUUGUUUGUGUUCUGACUUUGUUGAGGAUGAUCCACUUGCAGUCUUGAGGUGAUAAAGACUUCUCUUGUUUGUGUUC